AAAGGGAGAUUUUAUAUUUUCAGAGAGAGAGAGAGAGUAGAAGGAAUUCGUGCAGCAAUCGAGUGAAUUGAUGGGAGGAGACAUGAACGAUAUUGAGAGUGUUGGAUUUGAAGUGAAUGAGAUGGAGGAGAACGGUUAUGAAGUCGAAGUGAAGGAGAUGGAGGGGAACAGUUCGGAUUUGUUGGAAAAGGAUGCAGCAAUAACAGAGCCAUUGCUGAGGUAUAGGAUCAACACCUCUUCUCAGAUGGCCAUCAUAGGCGCCAAAAUCUGCCCCAUCGAGAGCUUGGACUAUGAGAUUGUGGAAAAUGAUAUAUUCAAACAGGACUGGAGGUCGAGGAAGAAGGUUCAGAUAUUUCAGUAUGUUCUACUCAAGUGGACUUUUGCACUUCUUAUAGGCUUGGCGACGGGGCUCGUUGGCUUCUUUAAUAAUCUUGCGGUCGAGAACAUUGGUGGAUUCAAAUUGUUGCUGACAAGCAACCUCAUGCUUACGGAAAGGUACUAUCAGGCAUUUGCAGCACUUGCUGGUUGCAAUUUGGUUUUGGCAACUGUUGCGGCGGCCAUCUGCGCCUACAUUGCACCUGCCGCUGCUGGGUCUGGCAUACCAGAAGUGAAAGCAUACCUCAAUGGUGUGGAUGCUCAUUCUAUAUUGGCUCCCAGCACCCUCUUUGUUAAGAUUUUUGGUUCCAUCAGUGGAGUUUCCGCUGGAUUUAUUAUAGGAAAGGAGGGACCUAUGGUACAUACAGGAGCAUGCAUAGCCUCAUUACUUGGACAGGGCGGGUCUCGCAAGUAUCAUCUGACAUGGACAUGGCUUAGAUACUUUAAAAAUGACCGGGACCGUCGAGACUUGAUCACUUGUGGGGCAGCUGCUGGUGUUGCAGCUGCCUUUCGAGCUCCGGUUGGCGGGGUCCUCUUUGCACUUGAAGAAGCAGCUUCAUGGUGGAGAAGUGCUCUUCUCUGGAGGACAUUUUUCACGACAGCCGUAGUUGCGGUGGUACUGAGAGCUCUCAUCAUAUAUUGCCAAAGUGGGAAAUGUGGGUUAUUUGGGGAAGGAGGAUUGAUCAUGUACGAUGUCAGUAAGGCCACUACCACAUAUAGCACUCCAGAUCUUCUUGCGGUCAUUGCCAUUGGAAUCAUUGGGGGCCUUUUUGGAGGCCUAUACAACCAUCUCUUGGACAAGAUCCUCCGCACCUAUAGCAUCAUCAACAAAAGGGGACCCAAAUUCAAAAUCCUCCUCACUAUUGGCAUUUCCCUCCUCACCUCAUGCUUAUCAUACGGCCUUCCCUGGCUAUCCAAGUGCAAGCCCUGCCCCUCUGGCCUAAAAGAGCAGUGCCCCACCAUUGGCCGCUCAGGCAACUUCAAGAGCUUCCAAUGCGCGGCGGGCUACUACAAUGACCUAGCCUCCCUCUUCCUCAACACCAAUGACGACGCCAUCCGUAACCUCUUCAGUUCCGGCACCGAGACCGAGUUCCACAUCUCCACCCUCUUCAUAUUCUUCGUCGCUGUCUACUGCCUCGGCCUAGUAACCUAUGGCGUUGCUGUCCCAGCCGGCCUCUUCAUCCCCGUCAUACUUGCAGGGGCCUCCUAUGGCCGCCUCGUAGGGACCCUCAUCGGGUCAAUCUCCCACCUCGACACUGGACUCUUCGCUCUCCUUGGGUCCGCCGCAUUCCUCGGCGGGACCAUGAGGAUGACAGUAUCCAUUUGCGUCAUACUACUCGAGCUCACAAACGAUCUCUUGAUGCUCCCAAUAGUAAUGUUAGUUCUACUCAUAUCAAAAACAGUAGCAGAUAUCUUCAAUAAGGGUGUUUAUGAUCAGAUUGUUAAAAUGAAGGGCCUUCCUUACAUGGAAGCCAGUGCCGAGCCGUUCAUGAGGAAUUUGGCAGUGCGGGAUGCUGUGUCAGCCCCGCUCGUGAGCUUCUCUGGCGUGGAGAAGGUAGGCACCUUACUACACGCAUUGAGGACGACGGGCCACAACGGGUUCCCUGUGGUUGAUGAGCCACCUUUCUCCAAUUCACCACAGCUGUGUGGGAUAGUGUUAAGGUCACAUUUACUGGUGUUGCUUAAGGGGAGGAGGUUCUCAAGGGAGAGGAUUGAGGCUGGGGAGGAGAUAUUUCAACACUUUGACGCUGUGGAUUUCGGCAAGGCCGGUUUGGGGAAGGGGGUGAAGAUGGAGGAUUUGGAGAUAAGGGAGGAGGAGAUGGAAAUGUUCGUUGAUCUGCACCCAAUUACAAAUGCUUCGCCAUGCAUGGUGGUGGAGACCAUGUCGCUGGCGAAGGCCGCUGUGAUCUUUCGUCAGCUUGGGCUCAGACAUAUGUGUGUGGUGCCUAAGACUACAGGGAGGCCUCCGGUGGUCGGGAUUUUGACGCGGCAUGACUUCAUGGCGGAGCACAUCCUCAGUCUCUACCCUCAUUUCAAGCCACAGAAGUAAAGUGAUUGAGCUGGGCAGGCAUGCUUCUAAACUAUUCUAAUUGUCUCUUUUUCGUGAAUACAACCCUUUAUUUUUGCAACAAAACAUAGUUUGGAAGUGCAUCUUACCCUCGAUAAGGGGUGCCAGCAACAAUACGAAUUUAGAUGAUGUCAUUUCCCUUGUGACAUUAGAGUGGCUUUGCAUGAACCAUAUCUCAUACAGUUACAUUUACACAUCUUUUUUUUAUGGGGUGCAAAAUGCACAUCAGAGUCUCUUGUGAUUGUAUGUAAUCAUUUCCUUUUGGUAGAACUACCCUUUUGUUGUAUUUGAGAAAUCAACUGAAGAUUGCAUAUAAGGGCUUUUAUAUUCUCAAUUCUAUUAAGAGGUUGUUUCAUCUA